CUCCCCUCCUGCGCCUUAACAGGUAACGGAGGAGGCGCGACCGCCGAGGGGUCGAGGCUGGUUCUGCUUCCUGGGUUUCCUUUCGCUUCAGCGGGGACCGCUUCGCCGUGAGGGGCCGGUCCGGGCACACCUGAGCUGGGUUGGGCAGGGCCGGACCCGCCUUCUCGUCUCGCCUUUCCCGCCCCGCUGGGCUCCCGUGUCCGCUCCCGCCGUCCCCGCUUGCAGGAGCCGCGUAGGGCGAUGGUGCCGGUGGUACCGGUGGUGCCGGUGUGCAGCGGGGCGGGCGGCCGCCUGCUGAGGAUGGCAGGGGCCGCCCGGAGGCCGCUUCUCCUCAGCCUCAGCCGCGGCUGCCAGACGGGGGGGAACCCGCCCACCCACGGCAGAGCCCUGGCCAUCAAAAAACGGGGCUACGACAUCACCAGGAACCCGCACCUCAACAAGGGAAUGGCUUUUACACUUGAAGAAAGGCUUCAACUGGGAAUUCAUGGCCUCCUUCCUCCUUGCUUCUUGAGCCAAGAUGUUCAAGUCCUCCGUAUCAUGAAAAACUUCGAGAAUAAAUCUAAUGAUCUAGACAAGUAUAUUAUUCUUAUGACAUUACAAGACAGGAAUGAAAAGCUCUUUUACCGAGUGCUGACCUCAGACAUCGAGAGAUUCAUGCCCAUCGUUUACACCCCAACAGUUGGCCUGGCUUGUCAGCAAUAUGGUUUGGCUUUCAGGAGACCACGGGGGUUGUUUAUCACCAUCCAUGACAAAGGCCAUAUUGCAACAAUGCUGAAUUCUUGGCCUGAAGAAAACAUUAAGGCUAUCGUGGUGACAGAUGGAGAGAGGAUUCUCGGUUUAGGAGAUCUGGGAUGCUAUGGCAUGGGCAUCCCAGUGGGAAAGCUGGCUUUGUACACAGCUUGUGGUGGAGUUCACCCACAACAUUGUCUCCCUGUCCUGCUGGAUGUUGGCACAGACAAUGAGGCUCUCCUGAGUGAUCCACUCUAUAUUGGACUGAAACACAAGAGGGUUCGUGGGAAAGAGUACGACGAACUGAUUGAUGAGUUUAUGCAGGCAGUUACUGACAAGUAUGGCAUGAAUUGCCUGAUCCAGUUUGAAGAUUUUGCCAAUGCUAAUGCUUUUCGCCUCCUCAGUAAAUACCGCAACAGAUACUGCACAUUCAAUGAUGAUAUUCAGGGCACUGCAUCUGUUGCAGUUGCUGGCAUCUUUGCAGCCCUAAGGAUCACAAAGAACAAGCUUGCUGACCAUAAGUUUGUUUUCCAGGGAGCUGGAGAGGCUGGCAUGGGCAUAGCUCAUCUCAUCCUCAUGGCUAUGGAAAAGGAGGGAAUUUCAAGAGAGGAUGCCAUCAAAAAAAUUUGGAUGGUGGAUUCCAAGGGACUGCUUGUGAAGGGCAGGAGCAACCUGAACCAUGAGAAAGAAAUAUUUGCCCAGGACCACCCCAGUGUGAACACACUGGAAGAGGUUGUGCAGAAAGUGAAGCCUACAGCAAUUAUAGGUGUUGCAGCCGUUGCCGGAGCUUUCACUGAGAAGAUUUUGAAGGACAUGGCAGCCUUCAAUGAGAGGCCCAUCGUGUUUGCCCUGAGCAAUCCCACCAGCAAAGCGGAGUGCACAGCGGAGCAGUGCUACCUCCUCACCGAGGGACGGGGAAUUUUUGCAAGUGGAAGUCCAUUCUCCAAGGUGACCCUGCCCAAUGGACAGACCUUCUUCCCUGGCCAAGGAAACAAUGCCUAUGUUUUCCCAGGAGUGGCACUGGGAGUCAUUGCCUGUGGAGUCCGACACAUCUCUGAAGAUAUCUUCCUCCUCACAGCAGAGUCUAUUGCUGCUGAGGUGACAGAGCAGAAUCUUGCAGAAGGAAGACUCUACCCCCCCUUGGACAGAAUCAGAGAGGUGUCUCUCAAAAUCGCUGUGAAAAUUGUUGAGUGGGCCUACAAACAUGGUCUUGCUUCUUGGUACCCCGAGCCAGCAGACAAGGAAGCCUUUGUGAAGCAGCAGGUGUACAGCCCUGAUUAUGAUUCAUUUGUGAUCGAUGAGUACAGGUGGCCCCCUGCAGCCAUGCAAACACAAGAUGUAUAAGUUUUUGCAAGAACUAUUUUCUCAUUUUUACCAUCAGUUCCCAUGGCUCACAUCAUUGCUGAUAUAAAUGCAUCUCCAGCCUUGAAGAAUUAUAAAAGUAAAUUAAUCCAGGGGUUGUUUUUUUUUCUUGCUGCUACUUUUUCUCUGUGGGAGCAUAUCAGUAGGGUAUAAAACAGAGCUCCAACUACUGUACUCCAAGGAGAAAGAGAGAGGAUGGCUCUAGCCAGUCCCAGUCACUCAGCACUGCAUGUUGCUGCUUGCUUAACACACUGCUCUCAGCUCAGCUGCUUGGGACAAGCUACCUGGGCCAUCUCAGAAGAAGAGAGGUCCCAUUCAGAAGGUCCCCUUCCUAGUGCGACUGCCUGCAGGAAGCUUGGAGCCCCAAUUCUAUGGUGUCACCUGUGUCCAUGAACAUCCCUCAUAUACAGCAGCCACAUUUUGCUCAUGGCUCUCUGGAUAUGAUGGGAAAUGUGUGCUUUGCCCUGGGAGAGGUGCACUUGUGGGCAGUGCUACCCUCUCCUGCUUCAAAACCCUUCAAUGUCUGGGAAGUCUCACCCAACCCAAGGUGGUGCAUGGACAGCCUGGCACUGUCCUGUGCCUCACCACUUGGAAACAAAGCCCAAAACUUCUCUCACCCCCAUGGGGACUCCCUCCUGUCUGCAGUCCAAGCUGCUGUCCAUGGGCACAGGAGUCAAGAGAUGCACAAGGGUGAGUCAAGCUCAAACCCAUACACCAUCACCCAGCUGCAUCACCACAUCUUCUGCUGGGUGCUGCUAAGGAAGCACUGCCACAAGUCAAAGGCCUUCCUGGGGAUCUCUUCAUGUCACAGUCACUCUUCAGUAUCUCUGUCAUCAGUAACUCUUCACAUCACAGAGUGCUAGGGAGACCUCCCCUAAUUGUGAAAAAAUGUCAUUCCCUGCCAAAUUCUAUCCCAGUGGGAUGACAGUGAUCCUGACCUCAGCUGCUUAAGAACAGAGGGGUUUGCUGGCAGCACUUCCCUGCUCAGUUCUUGCCACUCACAGACUGCAAGGCCAAGGUUACCACAGUCUUUAUUUUUUAUCUUUCAAGUGGCUUUUAGCACCGGGAAAAGCAUCUUAUCCCCUUGCUGCUGAAUCCCAGUCUCUCUGGUGUCUGUGUACCUGCAAUGCCAGCACCCUUCAUACUCCUCACACAAGUAGCUCUUCUCACCCAGGCUGAGGAAGGAAACAGAAAGCUGUCAAGUUUCAGGUUCAGGGAGAAACACCAAGAAAUACUCGCAUGUCCUGAGCAGGAGUCCCUGACACUGAGGUUUCCUUGCCUUCCAUUGCUUCAAGAAAAACUAUCUGCUGUUGAGAGGGGAGGUAGGAGGAUGGCAAUUACUUUUUUUGUUUCAGAACGUUGCCUCCACAGCUUCUCUUAAUUUCCUCUCUGUCUCCUUCCUGUGCACCUCCUCACCUAAAUUAAAGACUUGACCUUUCUUUGUGUUCAGCUUCUGGGCCUGACUUAUCAAAUAUUAGGCAACAAUGUAGAACAAAACCAAAAACAAAAC